CCACCAGCAACUUCAGCCAUCACAUUUCCAAAAGGCCGAUAUCAUGGACGAACCAUCAAGCCCAGCAGGUCCCUAUGUCGUGGACCGUGAAAAGACCGCGCCCUUUCUCAUUCGUGCAUUUGUGAAAGUGAACGGAUUCCACCGACCACAACAAUUCGAAGACGGACCGUUGCCAGUAGCCGACGAACAACAGCUCUUCACUUGGAAAGACGCAACCCUAACCGAAGUCCUCACAACCCUCCGCAACAUAGCCCCCCUAACCCCCGAAUACCGGCACCCCCUCGCGCGCUACUCCUUCCGCGCCAUCUUCGCAGACCCGACCGCCCGCGGCCGUUUCUCCUUCAAAGACCUCGGCACGGUCUACUCACGCGACAUCCUCGGCGAACCCGGCACACUCGAUUCCACCGCCCCCCGCCUGCUCAAAGAUUCUGACGGUGAGAGGACGACGGAUGGAGUCGAACCGCAGCCGCAGGUGGAAUCGGGCGCUGGUGGAGGAGGGUCGGCGGAGAGGGAGAGGGAGAGGAGGGCGGAGGUGAGGACGUUGGAUGAGUUGAGGUUCGUUCCGGGGGAUUAUAUGUCCGUUAGUGUCAUUCUCCCCAAGAACGCGACGGUCGUACCGGGCGAGCUCUCUAUCAAAGGAUCUGCAGGAAGUGGAGCUCCACCUCCGUCGAAUGGAUGGAAAGGCGCGAAUGCGGUGGGAUUGGGGUCUGGUACGGGUAGUGGAGGUGGUGGAGGGUUCGGUGGCGGUGUGGCGCCUGGCAGGGGAGGUGGACAUUGGAGGGGUGGGUCGGAUGCACCUGUGGGUGGUGGAGGAGGAGGUGGUGGAUUUGGAUCUGGAAGAGGACGUGGAAGAGGGGCAGGCAUGGGUCUGGAUGAUAGGGAUCGGAGAGGCCCGCCACCUCUUGGGAGGAGGAGGGAGUCGCCACCACCGAGGGGUGGAGGAGGAUGGGGAGAUCGGGGCAGGGAUAGAGGAGAUAGGGAUCGGUUGGGCAGGGAGAGACGUUCGAGGUCGAGGUCGCCCAGGAGGAGCAGGAGAUAGGUGACGGUGAGCGGAGUGAUCUUUUGGUGUGAGUAUAUGAGCGAAUAUGUUGUGCUCAUCUAGCCGACGUCUCACUUGUGUUAGCAGUGUCGAACAGUUCUCAUGCUUUUAUGCACGAUCUAUGUAUGG